CUGACGUUUGUAUAUCUUGUUCUGUAUUUGACAUUUAUAUAAACGAAGUAUUUUUAAAUUGUGUUAAAGUUGCUUUAAUUUUAUCAAACAAAGGAUCGGUUAAAUGAUCAUCGUAAUUUGUUGUAAAUCAAAAAAAUCAUAAAUUUUACUACAAAAUUCUAUCUCAUAUUUAGAUUUGGACGAAACGACAUAUUUAAAUAGUUUAUACUUGCGUAUAAAUUUCUUGUUCUAUACACAAACGAACGUAAAUAACGUCGAUAACUGUUGGCUGACCUCAUUUAAGUGGGAGAGUAGAUGAAGACGAAGAUAUAGACUAGUCCUUUCAAAUAAAUACGUGCAGUACACAGCAGAAACUCAAAAUAUAAAAAUGAAUCUGAUUAAGCUCUCAGUAAUAGUAAUUUUUCCGUGUCUAUGUCUAACACAACCAGAUUCUGAUGAAAGUUCGAUUCCUCCUGACAUUUCCUACGAGGAUUAUAAUUAUAACUAUUCCUCUUUGGCUAAUUCCUCAGAAGAAAUCAUGAAAAGAUUUUAUAAUCCAGAUGAAGAAUGGAACCAAGUGGACGAUUGUUUGAUCUCCACCCAAGAAGAGAACGCGUCGAAAAUGCCCAUUCCCUACAUGAAAAACGGCACACGACUUGUUAUCAUGUACCCAGACAUAGAUGGUUUGCUGAACAUAAAGCACGACAUCACUUUUAAGCUGUUAUGCGCCAAUUCGCGAUUUAAACAUAAGGAUUUGAAUCAAACAUCUGAGGUGGAGGUCAAGUGCGUAGUGGACGCCCAGCUUUUGUACAACAAUCGCUUAUACAGGUAUAAUGAUUUUGAGUGUGAAUCGAUGCCUAAGUCGGAGCUGGUGGUGACCGAUAAAAAAUGUCAGUCGAACAAUUACACCGUAGCCGAAGUCGGUUUUCGUUCGGACGAAGGACUGAUCGUGUUGUACAAAAUUUGUUUUGACCUCAAGACCAAGAACGCCCUGUAUACGUGGUACGAUGCAAGAGUACCGUACUACGAUAUAUCCCAAAAGUACAAAAAACGGCCGUCGUUCCACAAGUCCAAAGAAUUAUACGGUUCCAUAGACGUGAAUAAAAAAUACACCGUAAAAGAACAAAGGAAAACUUUGGCAACAAUUCUCAAAUCAGAUGAUCUAGCAAACAAAUACAUUAUGGAUGACAGCAAACACUCGCUGUCAAGAGGUCAUUUGGCAGCCAAAGCCGAUUUUUACUAUGCAUUCGAACAGACUGCCACGUUUUACUACGCAAACGUGGCCCCCCAGUGGCAGCAAUUCAACGGCGAUAAGUGGGCUGACCUGGAGAAAACGUAUCGCGAAAUGAUGGAUCAAGAUGAAGACAUACAUGUGGUCGUGACCGGGACAUAUGGCUCGUGCAUGCUGCCCGAUGUGAACGGCGUCCUACAGCCCCUGUUCCUGGACCCGCCCAAAAACCUACCAGUCCCGUUGUUCUACUGGAAAAUAAUGUACGAUCUGUUCGAGAAAAAAGGUAUAGUGUUCUUGGGCAUGAACAAUCCGUACAAAGAGGUGGACAAAUCUAUGUUUAUAUGCAAAAAUGAAUGCGAAGGAGGGUAUAAGGGCCUGGUUGAUAUCCCAGAUAACAAACAUGAAGCGAAUAUCUUUUGCUGCAGCAUUGAAGGGUUCGAACAGGUUUAUGGCAAGUUGGAUCCCUUAAUUUUCGAGAAAAUUAAUUAUUGAACGAGAAUAAACAUUGUAUCAUAAAAGACACACGCACACGUAAUAAGACAAUAACUUUAUAAUAAUAAAGAGAAUCUAAUUAUCACUCAA